AUGCUCAAACGUGCGCUAACUGUGGCCACCAAUGACUACGAGCGCCAAUUUCUUAACGACGUUGUGUUAGGAAUGGGCCGAAAACUGGGCAAAUAUUUGGACGAUUUUGAACACCUAUUGGGCGGCAUUAGCGACGACAUACUGAUGUACGCGCCCACCAAUACGCUCGCCGAUAACCAUAUCGCGUAUUGGCGUGAAAUAAAACGCAGUUCAUUGGUACGCAUGAUGGCCACCGAUUUGGUGCCCGCCUGGCACUUAAUACAGCUCCGGGAGUACCUGAAACGUCAGCCCCAAUACAAGCCGAGCCCGUUGUCUAACUUUAUACAGUAUAUGGACUUACCUGUCGUAGAAAUGUUCAACUUUUACAAGAGUGUCAUUGACUCACACGCGCAUAAUAUAACGGCUGCCGAAGAGCACGAGCUCUUCCAAUUGACUCAUGAAAUGAAUGAUCUCGAUCUUAAAUUUCAUAUAAUGCCUAUACUUCCGAAGGACAAGACAUUAUGCGAUCGAGUGUUUGACUCAUUAGACGACGCGAUGGCGAAGAUGUAUAAAACAGAUUACGUCCAGAAAAUACUAAUGAACGGAACAAUGACUCCGGAAAACAUACGCUUCGGUCGCAGCUUUUGGAAGCGAUACAAAGAUUUUCUUACGAGUCACGUUGAGUUAGUGAAAAAAGCGACCUCGAUGGCGACCGAUAAUAAUCAACGCACAGCUCUUGACGCUCAUGUCAAGCAUUUGAUCGCCGGUUUGGCCGAGUAUUUCCCAAAGUUUGAACAACUAUUGGGAGGCGUUCCCGAUGAGGUGCGGCUCCGGCCGAUGGACGAGUCGGCCAUUGAUAUGCAGCUAAUACUAUAUCGCGAAAUGAAACGUGGUUCGUUUAUACGCAUGAUGUUGGUCGAAAUGGUUCCCAUAUGGCGUAAUCUGGUCUUACGCGAGUACUUUAAACUACAGCCCCAUUAUAGUCGCCAACCCCUGUCCGACACAAUUCUGUUUUAUCACUUUGAUAUGAAACGCAUCACUAAUAUGUAUAAACAUAUCAUCAAUAGCUUCACUAACAGUACAACUGCCGCCCAAGAGCUCGAGCUGAUCCAAUUGGUCAAAGAAGUGAAAGAAGUAGAUGGUAGAUUCAUCGAUGCUAUGUAA